UUGGCUCACAAACUGGAGAGCUUUUGAAUGAAAGCAAAAUAAAAACUGUUGCUACAAAAGCUGAAUUUUGGUGAAAAAAUACUCCAAAAAGAGAAGUUUUGACUAAUUUGACCCAUUGAUAUAUCAAAGGUGAAUUGGGCUUCUUAAGAUCGUGAUAGGUGGAUCUGCAUGGUUUAAUUGCACAAUUCUUUAUAUUUGAUCUUUUGAAGUGUCCACGACAUGAGGAGGUUGCCUGGAGUUUUUGGUUGGUGUUCCUGGUAUAUUCAUGUUUACUGAAGUGACUGUUCUAUGGUAGCAGUAGUUCCUUGGUUGGAGGUCAGUACUGAUAGGUGUAUAUUUGGUUGAGCUAAAGUGACUGCACCAUGGGUGUCUCUGGAAAAUGGAUUAAGGCAUUGGUUGGCUUAAAGAAAUCAGAAAAGUCACAGUCUUCAGAGAGAGAUGAAAAUAGAACAGCUGGUAACAAGUUUCGGCACAGAAGAAAGAAUUCCAUUGAGAUUGACUCUAGAAUUCAAUGUGAGUUUGAUGCAGAUGCUCCUCCACCAGUUGGAGUUUCCAGUACUCAAUUAAACAUAGAUACUGUGGGUUCACCUUCUGGUUCACUUCAAGUACAUGAUGUACAAAGUGAGCGGAAUGUGAGAGAACAAUGGGCUGCCACACGCAUCCAAACAGCCUUUCGUGGGUUUCUGGCUAGAAGAGCUCUUCGAGCUUUAAAAGGAUUGGUAAGACUUCAAGCCCUAGUCAGAGGCCAUGCUGUGAGAAAACAAGCUGCAAUAACUCUUCGCUGUAUGCAAGCUUUAGUUAGAGUUCAAGCUCGAGUGCGAGCAAGGCGUGUUCGCAUUGCAUUGGAAAGUCAAACGGCUCAACAAAGACUUCAGCAACAACUUGCAAAUGAGGCUCAUGUUCGAGAAAUAGAAGAAGGAUGGUGUGACAGUGUAGGAUCUGUUCAAGAAAUUCAAGCCAAGCUCUUGAAGAGGCAGGAGGCUGCAGCUAAGCGUGAGAGAGCCAUGGCAUAUGCUCUAGCUCAUCAGUGGCAAGCUGGAUCAAGACAGCAGCCAGUUCCCUCUGGGUUCGAACCAGAUAAAAGCAGCUGGGGUUGGAACUGGUUGGAAAGAUGGAUGGCUGUCCGUCCCUGGGAGAACCGCUUUCUAGAUAUUAAUCUUAGGGAUGGAGUAAUGGUGCAUGAGAAUGAAUCCGCUGAGGGUAAGAAUGGCAGUAUAUCCCAGUUAAAAUCUGCUGGCAAGAGGCCCAUUUCUUCAAAUAUUCAAUCAAAUCUUUCAAGUCAAAAGGUUGGUCCCUUUAAUUCCGAUGGCUGUGAUUCUUCACCUAGUAAGUCAGCAGGCUUGUUGGAAGCAUCCACUACCCAAAUGGGCAAGCCAAAGCCCAAGCCAUAUUUGGAAGAUCCAGUUGAAGAAGGAAAUUCAAAACCUGGUAUUACUUCAAGAUCCCAUAGUAAUCCAAAAGAGAGAUCCACAGAAUCAGAUAAACAAGCAAAGAAACGGCUGUCUCUGCCUAACAGCGGGGGAGGUCUUGGUUCCCAAACUUCCAGACAUCCUAUUAGAUCUAAUGUCAGAGGGACGCCCGGUUCUCAGAAGCCCAUCAAGACUAGAUCAAAACCCAGUGGAAGAGGGGACUCAAAUCCCACAAAAUCAGUCUCACAAGCUGUUGAUGCUUAAAACUUAAAUGUUCCACGGAAAAUAACUUUCAUGGCAUUUCCUGUCGAGGUGCUUCUUGUUUUAAAUCUGUACAUAUGGAGCUACAUUGUGAGGCUGCAACUAUUUUGCUUUUGUUACGGUCAAAUCAUUUCAAAGUGGUUUCACUGCACCGGUGUCAAAGAUGGCUCAUUUUGUGAUUGUUGGAAGGAAUAAGACUAGCGGGAUCGGUGUGUGAAUUGGUUGUAAUCAGCUGUGUUUAGUGUUGUUAAUUAUGUUAGCAUAUCGGUGUUUACUAUUUAAAUGUACAAUUUUCAUAGUAGUUGGCGUUGACAAUUUUCAUUAGAUCUGUGUAAUAUGGUUUUGCCAAUAAUGGAUCUGGGAAUUGGGGUGAAUAUAAUGUAAGUGGAAACCUGUAGUCAUCAUCACUGCAAAUAUUUAGUAGAACAAUCUGGGAAAUGGCUGCCUGAAACUUCUGUGCA